AUGUCGUCCAACAACACCUCGGCCAGUGUCUCCAUCGAUAAGUUCGAUGGGGACAACUACUCAACCUGGUGUCGCUACAUGCGCGGCGUGUUUCUGACGAAGUCAGUCUGGUACGUCGUGAACCGCGAAACGUCUCCAACCUUCACCGACACGCGAGCUUCCGACGAGUACGUCAAGGCGAGCAACAUCGCGUUCGGGUUGAUGUUGCUCCACAUGGACGCCGACUACCACCAUGUGGUCGACAACUGUGAAGAAGCAUGGACAGCGUGGUCGCGGUUGAAGAUGCUCUAUGGUGGGUCGCAGAAGGCGGGACGCAUCUACCUCAAGCGCCAGCUGUUCAGCAUCAAGAUGGCGGAAGGUGCCAACGUCUUGCACCAUUGCAACGAAGUCUUGAACAUCGGCGCCAAGCUCAGCAGUAUCGGCGCCAAGAUGGAGGAUGAGGACAUGGAGAUCUGCUUGUUGUGCAGUCUCCCCAAGAGCUAUGAGAACGUUGCUCUCAACUUGGAGACGAGCAGCGCAGAACUGCGGUCGCAAGACGUCGUGAGAGUGCUUACGAAUGAGCACAUCAAGAGACAACGAAACACGACGACAUUGGUGAAGACUGAAGAAGCAACCAAGGCCUUCAGCACCGAGCGUGAAUUCCGUCAAUGUACUUUCUGCGGAAAAUUGGGGCACGUGGUGAUAAAGUGCUGGACCAAACAGAGGGAAGACGACCGAGGAGAUCGACGCAGCGGCAACAAGGGCCGUGCCAUUGGGCUCGUGGACGCGGAGCAAAUCAAGUCCAAUGGCACGGCUACAACGGCAACGGCAACAACUAAGACCAUGAUCGAGUGGCGUUUGCUGUUUCGCUGGAAUGCGAGCUUUCGACAGCCAAGACCAUGGUGGAAAUGUGGGCGAUUUACAGCAGCAACGCACCACAUCUUCAAUGAAAAGUCCAAGUUUGAAGUUCUGGACGAGCGCAAUGAAGGUGAUGUGCUGGUUGCAGACGGAAACAAGGCUGCGAUCAAUAGAGUUGGGACUAUCGUCGAAAAGGUGGUCCUACCAAACGGUGAAGAGCGCGAAGUUGAAAUCGAGGAUGCACUUAAUGUCUCAAGCAUGAACAAGAACCUACUGUCGAUACCCCAGAUUAACAAAAGCGGCAAGUUCUGA